AAAUCAAUCUACAAAGAGACGGCGGGAAUCUCAAAUUCGGAAUUUUGCUGGUUAUCGUAAAUCCAAAUGCGGUCUGAGAGAGGAAGACUACAAAGAAUAAGAAGAUCGAAUCAGAGUCUAACAUCAUCGGAUUUAGGAGCUACCCAGAAAGCCAGAUCGAGAAUCGAGAAGGAAUCGAGAUCGGAGAAGAAGAGGAAUCGCGUAGGGAGUGGGGCUGCACGAACAAGGAUGCAGCUUCACAUAUCGCCGAGCAUGAGAAGCAUUACGAUAUCGAGCAGCAAUGAGUUUAUUGAUUUGAUGAAGAUCAAAGUCGCAGCUCGUCACAUUUCUUACCGAACUCUCUUCCACACUAUCUUAAUCCUCGCUUUCUUGUUGCCUUUUGUUUUCAUCCUAACCGCUGUUGUUACCCUUGAAGGUGUCAACAAGUGCUCCUCCUUUGAUUGUUUUGGGAGGCGGUUAGGACCACGUCUUCUUGGUAGGAUAGAUGAUUCAGAGCAGAGACUAGUUAGAGAUUUUUACAAAAUUCUAAAUGAAGUAAGCACUCAAGAAAUUCCAGAUGGUUUAAAGCUUCCAGAUUCUUUUAGUCAACUUGUUUCAGAUAUGAAGAACAACCACUAUGAUGCGAAAACAUUUGCCCUCGUACUUCGAGCUAUGGUAGAGAAGUUUGAAAGGGAUAUAAGGGAAUCCAAAUUUGCAGAACUCAUGAACAAACACUUUGCUGCAAGUUCAAUUCCAAAAGGAAUUCACUGUCUCUCUUUAAGACUAACUGAUGAAUAUUCCUCCAAUGCUCAUGCCCGGAGACAGCUUCCUUCCCCGGAGCUUCUCCCUGUUCUCUCAGACAAUGCUUACCACCAUUUUGUUCUAGCUACAGACAAUAUCUUGGCUGCAUCGGUUGUGGUCUCAUCUGCUGUUCAAUCAUCUUCAAAACCCGAGAAAAUUGUCUUUCAUGUUAUCACAGACAAGAAAACAUAUGCAGGUAUGCAUUCUUGGUUUGCGCUUAAUUCUGUCGCUCCUGCGAUUGUUGAAGUCAAAAGUGUUCAUCAGUUUGACUGGUUAACAAGAGAGAAUGUUCCGGUUCUCGAAGCUGUGGAAAGCCAUAACAGUAUCAGAAAUUAUUACCAUGGGAAUCAUAUCGCUGGUGCAAACCUCAGCGAAACAACUCCUCGAACAUUUGCUUCGAAACUGCAAUCAAGAAGUCCCAAAUACAUAUCUUUGCUCAACCAUCUAAGAAUAUAUCUACCAGAGCUUUUUCCGAAUUUAGACAAGGUAGUGUUCUUAGAUGAUGAUAUAGUGAUACAGAGAGAUUUAUCUCCGCUUUGGGAUAUUGACCUUAACGGGAAGGUUAAUGGAGCUGUAGAGACUUGUCGAGGAGAAGACGUAUGGGUUAUGUCAAAGCGUCUUAGGAACUACUUCAAUUUCUCUCACCCGCUCAUCGCAAAGCAUUUGGAUCCUGAAGAAUGUGCUUGGGCUUAUGGAAUGAAUAUCUUCGAUCUACGGACUUGGAGGAAGACAAAUAUCAGAGAAACUUAUCAUUCUUGGCUUAAAGAGAAUCUGAAGUCGAAUCUAACAAUGUGGAAACUUGGGACAUUGCCUCCUGCUCUAAUAGCAUUUAAAGGUCAUGUUCAGCCAAUAGAUUCGUCUUGGCAUAUGCUUGGAUUAGGUUAUCAGAGCAGCACCAACUUAGAAAAUGCGAAGAAAGCUGCAGUGAUUCAUUACAAUGGCCAAUCAAAGCCGUGGCUCGAGAUAGCAAACAGAAAGCUUCCAGAUAAUCUUGAAGCAGACUGGAGAUUUUGCGGGUUCUGCAGAUUUACUUGGAUUUUAGCUGGACAAUGAAACCAGUUGCAGAGCAGCAGAAAAAAGAGAGAGAGAGAAAUAAAGAUUCAUUCUUCUGUAAAAAUAGAAGGUACCCUUUUUUGAGAUUCUUUGUGGUUUUGAAGUAAAGAUUCCAAUUUUGG